AUGGAACGGCUUCUACGCCCUCCCCGGUUCGAGGUGGACCCUGACUCUGCCCAGGCCGCCAAGGAGUGGACACAUUGGCUGAGGACAUUUACAAACUUCGUUCAAGCAGUGCAGCUGACUACCCCUACGCUUGACAAACUGGUUCUUCUCACUAACUAUGCGGCUCCUAGUGUGUAUGACUUUAUUUCUGAGUGUGAGACUUAUGAGAAGGCUGAAGAGGUUUCUUUGACAUCUUUGCACGUGAAACCAAAGAAUGAAAUAUUUGCCAGACAUUUACUUGCCACUCGCAGGCAAAACUCAGGUGAGUCCCUGGAUCAGUUCCUGCAGGCACUGAAGCUACUUGCUAAGGACUGCCAAUUCAAAAGUGCCCGCACUCUGGAAAUGGCCCAGAAGCAUUCAGCCUCCUACUCUUCAGCAGAACCUGUCAAUGCUGCUGUGUCAGCAGUGAGUCGAGAGGAGGAAUCAUCUAGUGCUGAAAAUAACAGUGAGUCUGUUUCUGCUGCUACUUCUGGUGCUCGAUGUUUUUUUUGUGGGAACAACCGGCAUCCCCGGACUCAGUGUCCUGCUAAAGACGCAGUGUGUUUGAAAUGUAAGAAGCAAGGGCAUUAUGCUAGGGUGUGCCGCUCUGUGAAAACAGGUGAGUGGUUCUUCUAG